AUUUUUUGAACGAUUCAAAAUACCUACAUUUGAAAAUGCAAAUCGUGAAUUAUUUAAACUUUCAUUGAAUUUUUUUCUCGACAGUUGUUUUGAAAUGGCGCAUUUAAAUCUUCAGAAAAUUUCUGUUUCUUGUAAAAAUCGUGAAAAAGAAGAACAGAAGCGAAAUAUUAGAAAAAGAAAUCUACUAGUUUUGAUCCAUCAUUACUUGGAAGAAUAUGGAUUGCUUCAAUGUGCAGAUGCUUUGAAAUCUAGUUUAAACUUUCCAAUUGAUGAUUUUGCUGUCUGUGAUAACAUUAACUUGGAGUUAAUUUUGCAAGAUUUUGAAUCCUAUUAUUUUUUAAAAUAUGAAAAAUUUCCUCAGUUGAUAAAGAAGUCUGCUGAAGAUAAAGAAGGGAAAAAAAUUAACAACAUUGCAAAAAGUCAAAAGUUCAAAAAACUACAGAAAAUGCCUCAGUCUGAUCAACGUGCAUCCAGUUUAGAAGAAUGCAUUAAUCUUACAAAUAUUUGCAAUGCAAAGGAUACUCUAAAAGCUGAGCAAGGUGUAGCAAAAUCUGUAAAAAUAUUAGAUCCAUUGGAGCGAUUUGAAAAUUACGAUAGUGACUGGAAGUCAAUGGCAAACAUAAUUAUGCAGGAUGUUGGUGUCCCAAAACAUAUUGAUUGGAACGACGUUAUUGGUCAUAGUCAUGCUAAGCAAUUACUUAAAGAAGCCAUUGUAUAUCCUAUAAAAUACAAUCAAUUGUUUUCUUCAGUAUUUUCUCCAUGGAAAAGUGUAUUAUUAUAUGGACCUACAGGCACAGGAAAAAGUUUGCUGGCAGCAGCUGCAGCUUCCAAUAGCCAAGCAACUUUUUUCAAAAUCUCUGUUUCAACUCUUUUGAGCAAAUGGAGGGGAGAAUCUGAAAAAUUAAUUAAGGUUUUAUUUGACCUGGCAAAAUAUUAUGCGCCUUCUGUUAUUUUUAUUGAUGAAAUUGAUGCAUUAAUGAGUCAUAGAGGUUGUGAUCAUGAAGCUAGUCGAAGAAUGAAAACAGAACUUUUUUUGAGCAUGGAUUCUAUUUCUUCUAAUGAAAAGCAGAUUUUGCUUCUUGCUGCUACUAAUUUGCCAUGGGAAUUGGAUCAUGCUAUGCUUCGUAGAUUGGAAAAAAGGGUGUUUAUUUCACCUCCUAAUGAAGAGUCCAGAAUUCUGUUGUUCAAGAAAUUCUUACCUCCUAAUAUUGAAAUAACCAAAAAUGUUGCAAUAAAAACUAAUUUGGAUUACAAAAUUUUAGCUGACACUACAACUAACUAUUCAGCUGCAGAUAUUGAAAUUGUAUCAAAGGAAACCAAAAUGAGCUGCAUUCGACAUGUUCUUUGUUUGUUAGAAAAAGAUGAAGAAAUGGCGAUUCCGAAAAAGAUUGCAAUGCACCCAAUAGAGACAUCAGAUAUCUUGCAAGCUAUAAAUAAAACUAAACCAGCAGCAUCUGAUUUAUUGAAUAAAUAUAUGGAAUGGAGAAAUCAGCAUGGUUCUGAAUAAUUUUGUGGAUAAAACAUUUCAUCAACUUAUUUCUGUUUAAGAAAUGACAUAAAUUGUUAAGCAUUUAAAUUUUUUCCUAAAAUUUUACAGUUUUAUAAUUGUAAAAAAUAUCUAAUUUAAGCAAAUAAAA